CAGCAACAAAUGAUUUAUUAAAUUUGAUAAUAAAUUCUAAGAGUCAAGGCAAAUGGUUGGCAAAUGACAUCUCAAAAAUGCUAGAAAGCUCGAAGCCUCCCUUACCACCUGAAUGUUGUAUCUACAAGGUUCCAACUAAUCUUCGCAUAGUGAAUGAAAAGGCCUACACUCCUCAGCAUAUAUCAAUAGGGCCUUUUCAUCAUGGUGAUGAAAGAUUGGAAACUAUGGAAAAGCUUAAAGUGACAUAUCUCAAGAGAUUUGUGCACAAGGCUACACUAAAUGUGGAAAAUUUAGUAAGCAUUGUAAGGCAUAGGGAAGCAGAUGUUCGUCGUUGUUAUUCACAUACUAGCGGACUUAGCAGUGAUGAUUAUGUGAAAAUGAUUCUGCUGGAUGCGAGCUUCAUUAUUGUGUUUUUUAAAAAAUGCAAGCAUAAAGAAUGGAUGGGCCCGAAUGAGAAGGACUUAACACCGUGGUUGAUUAAUGCAUUAAGAAGGGACAUCCGCUUGCUUGAAAAUCAACUUCUUUUCUUUGUUAUUGAGGAAUUGUACAACUUUGCAUUUGCAUCUCACUCAAACUUACCUUCCUUCACCGACCUUGCCAUCAAAUUCUUGAAACGAUCCGGCAGUAGAGAUAUAUCUCACGAUCCCAAUUUGAAAAUAAGACACUUCGUUGAUUUGCUAAGAACCUCUUUUUUGCCUCAAUCAAUAUCACAAAGUCUACCGAAAAGAAACCGUCACGAUAAAGUUAGGCAAUUAUACAGUGCGAGCCAAUUGGUCGAGGCAGGAGUGAAGUUGAAGAUGAGCUCAAGCAAAUUAUUAUUUGACUUAAAAUUCACAAACGGAGUGCUGGAAAUACCAACCUUAAAAUUUGACGAUAAAACAGAGUCUCUUUUUCGAAACAUCAUGGCCUUGGAACAAUGUCACUAUCCCUUUGAUGGUUAUUUUACCGAUUAUAUUCGUGUAUUGGAUUUCCUUAUCGACACUCCCAAUGAUGUGGAUUUACUUGUGCAAAAGAGGAUCAUAGUUAACGGUUUAGGUGACAGCAAUGCAGUGUCAACUUUGGUCAACAAUCUUUGGAGACAAAUUUUUAUUUCAGAAGUGAACUCCGAUUAUAUUGAUCUUUGUAAUGAUUUGAACAACUUCUAUGGGAAACGUUGCAAUAGGUGGAAAGCUACCUUGAGACAUGAUUAUUUAAGCACUCCUUGGAGAAUUGCUUCUACUGCAGCUGCUAUUAUUUUGUUGUUGCUCACUUUCACACAAACUGUAUGCUCUAUCAUCUCAUUGUGGUACAUCUAAAGUUUGAGUAAUUUUAAU